CAACAUUUCAUUAUAUAUCACUAUCUGAACCUUUUAUUCAAAAUAUUUCUGUAUUUGGAUGUAUUCAUUUCUGUAGAUAAGAUUGAAGCAAACUAAACUUGAAUGUUAUCAUUGCCGGAUAUUGGGGACGAGUUACACAGCGGAAAUUUGAGUUUGUUAAUCACCUAAAUUGUACGAAUUGACUUUAAAACUUGUUUGUAAUAUUUUAAAAUUUGAGGGUGUGUGACUGAUUACGUUUACCAUUAUGAAAGCAAGUUUUAUCAAGUGACAAGAAAUAGACAAUUCUCGGUUAUAGUUGAAGAUAAAGUGGAGGAAAUAUUAAUAUAUUAUCUGUGAUAAUGGCGGCAAAACGGAGAACUUUAUAUGUAAUAGUGUUAAUUUCAUUGAUGUUGGUGCUUGUUAACGUUUCGUCUCUACAAUACAAUGUUACUUCAUAUUUCUUUCAAUUCAGCCCUGCCAUAAAAACUGACUUUGAUCAAGUUGUUAACAACCAUUUGGAAGAUGAUUACAGUGAAAAUAUUAAAGAAUUAUCUGUAAGAUCGUCAGCCUUUAAAUCUGAUAAUCCUAAUGACAUAAAAGAACCAUUAUCUAAAAUUAAACUUGAUAAAGAAAAGAAUAAUUCAUUACAGAACACGUCAGAUGGGUCACUACCAUCAAGCAAUGGUGUUCAUGUUGAGAAAUCUCAAACUAUUCUACAAUAUAGUGUGCAACAGAAUAAACAAAAAGUGGUACCAGCACCGGGUUCAAUAAGAACAAGCAGUUGUAACGGAUGUUUCCAACACAAUUUCAGUUAUAUCAUAAAUAAUGAGAACAUUUGUAAGACAGUAUCCACAACUCAGACUAUAGACUUGAUUAUAAUGAUUCUUACAUCCCAUCAAAAUUUAGACAGAAGAAAUGCAAUUCGGGAAACAUGGCUUAGCCUUUCCAAGAAAAAUACUGCAAACGUUCGUUAUGUGUUUCUUUUAGGAGAAAUUGGUGACAAGGCUCUCCGUUAUCGUGUUUUGAAAGAAAACGAAAUUUAUCAAGAUAUAAUUAAAGAGGACUUUACAGAUUCGUAUACUAAUCUAACUUAUAAGACUGUCAUGGGUUAUAAAUGGGUAGUAAGUCAUUGCUCAGUUGCUAAAUAUGUAAUGAAGACAGAUGAUGACAUGUAUAUAAAUGUAUGGAAUAUACUCAGUUUAGUACACAGUAAAGGUGUUCUACUGGACAAUAAUUUAGCCGGUUCAUGUAGUACCGGAGCACCGAUUAGAAAUAGUAAAUCCAAAUGGUAUGCUUCUGUUAGCGAUUAUAAAGAGAAAAAAUAUCCAGGGUUUUGCUCUGGAACUGCAUACGUCACAAGUAUGCAUUUAGCUGCUAAGUUAUAUAACAUAACAGCGACAACACCAUUCUUUCAUUUAGAGGAUGUAUAUAUAGGAUUGUGUUUAUAUAAGAUUCGUGGAAAUAUCAUAAAUGUAAGUGGAUUUAAUCGUAGAAGAGUUUCUCUUGACCCUUGUAUAUAUAAAGGCACACAGAUGUACUCUUCCCAUCUGAUGGAUCCGAAAACGUUGCGUGAUAUAUGGACUCGUGAAUGUGGAGGAACAAAUGUCACACAAAAUUAAAAGAUUUUGUCUUUCAGGGUUUUUUUGUACAAUUCAUUAGCAUAAUUUAAAACAAAUAAAAAUAAAUUAGUAAUUAUAAAAGAAAAAGGUUAAGGCAAAGUAAAGAUAUGCUUUGGAUUCUUCAUCAGAUUCUUCAUCAAACUAUAAAUGUUUUACGAAAAAGGUUUUAAAACAAUAGUAUGCAUUGGUUGACUUUUAUCAAUCGUAUCUUUAAUAGAUAUCAUUAUGUUUUAUCCCCCAUUCUUACAUUAAACUGGUGACCUUAUAAUUUAAACUAAAAUGUUGUAGACAAAUAUGACAUAUUGUGUAAUGCAUUGUAUUUUAAUGUAUUGAUAUAGUUAACGUGAAAAGUUAACCGUCAUUGAGAUUGAUACUUCGUAACUCGGUUAUGCCAGUACAAUUGCAACCUUUCGGCCCUUUCCGUCUGUCUUCGGAUUAUGAAGAAUAGCCGAAGCCGAAGACGUUCCGAUUGACCAGUAGAGAAAUGCUGGUACAUUCUACAAGCACGGACAAGAUGAUAAAUUGCUCAUUAUCGUGCGAAGAGUCGUUAAUCAUAGCCACGUAGAUCUAGUUUCAAAGUGAUUGGAAAAGUGAUGUUCACAUUAAACAAAUGAUGGAGUUCUUAUGAUAACCUGUCAGGAGUUUUUAUGGUAACUGUCACGGAGUUCCUAGAAAACGUUACGAAUUUCAUCGGAAAUCUUUUUCAUAUACCGAAGAAACACUUUUGAAAAAUGGUAAUAUUCAUCUUUAAAAAACGAGUUUGCAAUGCUAAAUUAAACUUUGAUGAUUAAGCGUGAGUUACAAAUACUUUUAUGUGUCGGGAAAAGCUUUUUUUAUUCCUUUUUCCAUCGCCUCUUGUUUAAAUAAGCACAACAUUGGUUAUUCUUAAUGUUGAUUUUGAGCGUAUUUUAGUUCAAAAGAUAUUUUUCAAAUAAAAACUAAUGCGAAUCGUUAUUUGACAUUAUUAAACUGAACGAAUGCACUACAUGUCGUGUUCGUCAUCUAUAGUUUUAUGUCUUAAGUUUCCUUUGAAAUGUAAACGCUGAAUGUACAGCAGCUACAUUGUUCUUGUGAAGAUAGAAAUAUAUAGACAUUAUUUCUUCGAUAUCUAUAUUAUGAUGGCAACGUUAAAGUAGUAUGCGUUAGGUUGGUAUGAUAAUAAAACAAAUGUAACAAGGAACAUCGCAAUGCGAUGCAACCAGGUUUUCAGCAAAAUAUUUCACAGAAGCUUUGUCAUGAAGGGGCAUUUGUUUUUAAUUGAACUUUUAGGAGGAAUUAUGGCUUUUUUUAAUAUUCCUCAAACAAAAAUGAUUGAGAAAUUUUAUGUUGUCUAUUCGCCUUUUUUUCCCAAAUGUUUUAGAAAGGUAAACAGUACUUUAUUUUUGCUUAAUUUUUGCAUUUUUGCGUCUCUUGUCAUUUUCUUUUGUCAACAAUAUUGGCGUGUGGUGUUUUGUGCGAUAUCAAGAAA